UUCGCGAAUGUGAAAGUAGCACGUGGGGAGAAGCAGCCUCGGCAGAGGCGGUGGCUGCAGCCGGCUGGAGUGGCAGGUCUCUCUUGUCUUCCCAUCAUGCCUACCCUCUACAUCUGCCCGCAUCCGGAUAAUUUCCAGAACACCCGUGUGUUGGUCGCAGCCCGUUAUGGCCAGCAGCAGCUGACGGUGGUUGAACUGCCUCCCAAUGCCGAGUUCAAGAAUCGUUUUUUCUCUCUGCCCAAACUCCCAGCUCUGGAAACCAGAACGGGUGUCUAUGUAUCUGGUCCGACAGCUGUGUCUUACCUGCUGUCUCCAGAUGUUAUGAGAGGGCACAAUCCCGAAACAAAAGCUUUGGUGCGGCAAUGGAUCAGCUACGCUGACAUGGAAAUAGCUCCCGCCGCCUGUUCUGUCGCUUUCUCUGCGCUGAAGAUUUCCAAGCAGAAUAAACAGGGGCUGGAUCGUGCUGUAGCAGAGCUGCAGCAUCUGCUUGGGGUGCUGGACAGUCACCUGAAGGUUCGGACGUACCUGGUGGGGGAAUCCAUGACACUGGCUGAUGUGACCACUGCUUGUUGUCUUUUGUUGCCGUAUAAAUAUGUCUUGAACCAAACCCUUCGCACUUAUUUUAUCAACCUUACUCGAUGGUUCCUGACGUGUAUCAACCAACCAGAAUUCCAGGCUGUUUUGGGCCCAGUGAGGUUGUAUGAACAGGCCUCAGGAGGAGGUGUUCUAGAAAUGGACUUUAAAGGUACCUCUGAAGCUGAGUCGCUGGAGAAGAAGGAGAUAGAAGAGCCCCCUCCCAAAAGCGCGUCGCAGCUAAAGAAGGAGGCCAAAAAGAAAGAAAAAAUGGAGAAGUUUCUUCAGAAGAAGGAGAAGAAUCUGCAGCAACAGGGAGAGAAGAAGCCAAAAGCUGAGAAGAAAGAAAAGAAGGAUCUUGAGAUCAUCACCUAUGACAUCCCCACCAAGCCAGGAGAGAAAAAAGAUGUGACGGGUCCAAUGCCUGACUCUUACAGCCCACAGUAUGUGGAAGCAGCUUGGUACUCAUGGUGGGAGAGCCAAGGUUUCUUUAAACCAGAGUAUGGCCGCCGCAGCAUCUCUGAGCCAAACCCUAAAGGCAUCUUUAUGAUGUGUAUUCCUCCACCCAAUGUUACUGGAUCGCUCCAUCUUGGCCAUGCCCUCACCAAUUCCAUCCAGGACUCUCUGACAAGAUGGCACAGAAUGAGGGGGGAGACCACCUUGUGGAACCCCGGCUGCGACCAUGCGGGCAUUGCCACCCAGGUGGUGGUGGAGAAAAAGCUUUGGAAGGAGCAAGGGAAAACACGGCACGACCUUGGCCGCGAGCCGUUCAUCGAGGAAGUCUGGAAAUGGAAAAACGAAAAAGGGGAUCGGAUCUACCACCAACUGAAGAAACUGGGUUCCUCCAUGGAUUGGGACCGAGCUUGUUUCACUAUGGACCCUAAACUCUCCUAUGCUGUCCAAGAAGCUUUUAUCCAAUUGCACGAAAAGGGGAUCAUCUACCGAAGCAAGCGCCUCGUCAACUGGUCCUGCACUCUCAACUCAGCCAUUUCUGACAUAGAGGUGGAUAAGAAGGAAUUAACAGGCCGGACGCUCUUGCCCGUCCCGGGCUACAAAGAGAAGAUUGAGUUUGGGGUGCUGGUCUCCUUCGCUUACAAGAUUGAGGACUCAGACUAUCAGACUGUUGCUUAUCUGGAUAAUUUUAGAGUCUUCAUUAAGUUUCUUCUUUUGAUCUGCUUUGUCUUCUAGCAUCUGCAUGGCCGGAAAGUGCAGCAUCCCUUCACGGGGCGCCUCCUACCCAUUGUCUGUGAUGAUUUUGUAGAUAUGGAGUUUGGAACUGGUGCCGUAAAGAUCACCCCAGCUCAUGAUCAGAAUGACUAUGAGGUUGGCCUGCGUCAUGGACUUGAGUUCAUCAACAUUAUGAACGAGAACGGCUACCUCAUCAACGUUCCUCCACCCUUCUUGGGCAUGAAACGCUUUGAAGCCCGUCAAGCAGUGCUGGAAGCUUUGAAGGAAAAGAAGCUCUUCAAGGAGGUGAAGGACAACCCCAUGGUGGUACCAGUGUGCAGCCGCUCCAAAGAUGUUGUGGAACCGCUGCUGAAGCCUCAGUGGUACGUGCGCUGUGACACGAUGGGCCAGGCUGCAGCUGAGGCCGUACGCCGGGGUGAUCUGCACAUUGUGCCAGAUUUCCAUCUCAAAACCUGGUUCACUUGGAUGGACAAUAUCAGGGAUUGGUGUAUUUCUCGACAGCUCUGGUGGGGCCACCGUAUUCCAGCAUAUUUUGUGACUAUUGAUGACCCUUCUGUGCCAGCAGGAGAGGAUGUGGAUGGCAAAUAUUGGGUGAGUGGUCGGAGCAAGGAAGAAGCCAAAGAAAAGGCAGCCAAAGCCUUCAACAUCAGCCCGGAUAAAAUCUCGCUCCAGCAAGAUGAGGAUGUCCUGGACACGUGGUUCUCCUCUGGCCUGUUCCCUUUCUCCAUCUUUGGGUGGCCCAAUUCGGGUGAAGAUCUUCAGGUUUUUUACCCUGGAACUCUCCUGGAGACCGGACAUGACAUUCUGUUCUUUUGGGUGGCCCGUAUGGUUAUGCUGGGCCUCACACUGACAGGAAAGCUACCCUUCAGAGAGGUUUACCUUCAUGCUGUCAUUCGGGAUGCCCACGGAAAGAAGAUGAGCAAAUCACUGGGAAAUGUCAUAGAUCCCUUGGAUGUGGUCACCGGCAUUACUCUGGAGGGUUUACAUGCUCGGUUAUUAGACAGCAAUUUGGACCCACUUGAGCUGGAGCGAGCCAAAAAGGGCCAGAAAUCGGAUUACCCCAACGGGAUCCCAGAAUGUGGGACGGACGCCCUUCGGUUUGCUCUCUGCGCUUACACAACUCAAGGCCGGGAUAUAAACCUGGAUGUGAACCGGAUUCUGGGCUACCGGUAUUUCUGCAACAAACUCUGGAACGCCACCAGAUUUGCCAUCCGUGGUCUUAGGGAGGGAUUCCAGCCACCCCCCAGCCCUGAGCUCAGUGGCUCUGAGAGCCUCGUAGACCUCUGGAUCUUGAGUCGCCUGAGCCACGCCGUGGAGUUAUGCAACGUGGGAUUUCAGGCCUAUGACUUCUCUGGCAUCACUACCGCAGUGUACAAUUUCUGGCUGUAUGAGCUGUGUGACGUCUACCUUGAGUGCCUAAAGCCUGUGUUUGCCGGAUCAGACCAGGCCGCAAUUCAGACAGCCCAGAAUGUUCUAUACACCUGCUUGGAUGCUGGUCUUUGUCUCCUCAGUCCUUUCAUGCCUUUUGUCACUGAGGAACUGUUCCAGCGGCUGCCCCGGCGGUCUCCUUCCUCUGACCCGCCCAGCAUCUGUGUCACCCCUUACCCUACUACUGAGCAGUUCCAUUGGAGGAAUGAAGAACUGGACGGCACUUUUGACUUCAUCUUGAACAUCAUCAAGGCUCUGCGUUUCCUCCGGUCGGACUACAACCUUACCAAAACCAAAGCUGACUGUUACCUACAGUGCUUGGAUCUUCAGACAGCGGAGGCCGUGACUCGUUGCUCCGAAUAUAUCUGCAUUCUUUCCUCCUCCAAGCAAGUCCUGGUACUAGAACCCGGAAAGAUUCCUCCCCCUGGCUGUGCUGUAGCUAUAGCCUCCGACAAAUGCAUUGUCCAUCUUCUGCUGAAGGGCUUGAUUGAUGCGGAGAAGGAGGUAGCCAAACUGACAGGGAAAAAGGCAGAGCUGCAGAAACAAAUCCUACUGUUACGCCAGCGUAUGGCGAGUCAAGAUUAUGCUCUGAAGGUACCAGCCAAAGUCCAAGAAUUGGAUGCAGCCAAGCUGAAACAAAGUGAGACAGAACUGCAGAAGGCAGACGAAGCUGUUCAGAAUUUCAAGAGGAUGAUCUGAAAUUGAAGGAUGCACGAAGUUGCUCGGAUGGGCCUGUUCUAUGUUUGAGGGUUGGGAAAGAAACCUUUUCAUUGAAAAACCAAGGAGGACCUGUUUCUGUUCAGCUGUUCUUAGUUCGUUAUAUUUUCUGUGAAGACAUUAAACUAUUUUGCUCAG